UACCAAACCAUGUCGUCUCCGUCUUUUCCUAUCCUCCGCCUCCCAUCCAAGGCCCUACGUACAACAUUGCAGAAUUUCGAUUUCAUCGAUUUACUGAGUUUUUCAUUUGUCUCACCAACUCCCACUAAGUCUCUGAAUAUGAAAGUCACUGAUUUCAUCAUAAUAAAAAAUUACGGAAUAUAUAUAGUUGCUCGUUGUUGUGGAAUAGCUCUUCGGCCUAUUACCAGUCAAAUCUUUGUAGACGGUCAGCCUCAAGAGCGUCAAUGGGAAAUUCAAAGUAUUACAGUGAAAAAGUGCUUUGAAAACUUUCUGGCCGCCUUCAAUCAUUUUGAAGUUGAAUAUAUAUGUGUGAGAGGAGAAGAUGACAUAUCUUAUAACCUGGAAGAAAUAAAAGUGGUGAAGAACCUUGAAAUUUUUUCUGCUGAUUGUGGGAUAUUUGGUCAGCUCUACCGUGUUGCUAACAAAGUAACCCUUUCACAGAGGUCUCUUCUCCAUGAGAAACCCAGAGAUUUCUUCACAGAGAACAUGGAUUCACUUCAACUGGAGGCUAGUUUUCAUCUCAAAUUUGACGACUUACUAGCUAUUACCGGUACAGAGAGUGUAGAUAGUUAGAGAGUGACAGACAUCCGGGACCCAAUGGGGCGGGGCGCGCGGAAGAGACGAUUUGUGUCGAUUUACGAAGUUCUCCUCGUUGUCAUCAUUUCGUAAAUCGACACAAAUCGUCUCUUCCGCGCGCCCCGCCCCAUUGGAUCCCGGAUGUCUGUCACUCUCUAACUAUCUACACUCUCUGUACCGGUAAUAUCAAUGCUAAGAAAGCAGUGAUCUAUCGCCCAUUUACCCUAUCCGAUUUGAAUCUGUUCCUUCAACACUGGAGAAAAGGAUCUAAUCCUAGACUGGAAGAGAUUUAUAUUGGACUGAAAGAGGAUAAUCUCGUGGACUUCAAGAAAACACUACUAAAGGGCAUUGAAUAUUGGAAGUAUGGCAUAUUCAGAGUGUAUAACAAUAGCCCAUCUAUCGAAGGACUGGAGAUUGAGCGGACCGAUGGAAUUCGAGCGAUCAUAUUUGUGAAUCCGAUGCAUCGCAGCAUUGGAAUGGGUGUAUUACAGUAAUUU